CCACCUUUUGUUGAUAAAACUCUCGUAUCAAUUUAUAAAUGACUAUAUGAAAUAACUUUUUAACAAAAGUUGUAAACGACUUUUAGUAAAAGUUAUAGUCCGGUAGCUCCGGCCCCUUGCCUUUGUCUAUCUGGCGCAACGCUAAAACCCUUGUACCCUGAAAGCUCACAUAGAAAUGGCGAAGAAAAAGAGAGACGAGGCAGAAUCGGAACCAGAAGUAGACGCACAGAAUGCACAAAAGCCCGAACCUCUAAACGAAGUGGAGCUCGUAAACGGCGAGUCCCAUAAGAAGCAGAAGAAAAAGAAGAAAAAGCACAAAGCGCACGACGAAGCAAAGGAAAUACCCACAGUCAGCAUAGCCGUGUCCGGUUCCAUCAUCAACAACGCUCAGUCUCUCGAGCUCGCCACACGAUUAGCUGGUCAGGUUGCUCGUGCCGCUACCAUUUUCCGAAUUGACGAGGUGGUAGUAUUUGAUAAUAAGAGUGUUUCAGUGAACGAUCACGGUGUUACAGCAUUGGAUUGUACAGAUGAGAAUGAAAGCGGCGCAGCUUUUCUGAUAAGGAUCUUGCGGUAUCUUGAGACACCGCAAUAUCUAAGAAAAGUUCUCUUCCCAAAGCACAACAGUUUAAGAUUCGUGGGAUUGUUGCCCCCACUUGAUGCUCCACACCAUCUGCGGAAGCAUGAGUGGGCUCCAUAUCGAGAAGGUGUCACACUAAAAGAAAGAUCUCCAAACUCGGGAACACUCGUUGAUGUGGGUUUAAGUAAGAGUUUUGUUAUUGAUCAAGUACUGGAACCUGGAACAAGAGUUACUGUAGCUAUGGGAACCAACCGCAAUCUGGAUACUGAUAUACCACGUGAAGUUGUCUCAUCCGCCAAGCCUAGGGAAGAAGCAGGAAUGUACUGGGGCUAUAAAGUGCGAUAUGCUUCUAAUAUGAGUUCAGUAUUGAAGGAUUGUCCAUACAAGGGUGGCUAUGACCAUUUGGUUGGUACCUCAGAGCAUGGACUGACUGUUAAGUCAUCAGAUCUGACCAUACCUGCCUUCAGGCAUCUAUUGAUUGCUUUUGGUGGACUUGCUGGGUUGGAAGAGAGCAUCGAAGAAGACAAUAACUUAAAGGGGAAAGAUGUGCGUAACGUAUUUCAUUCAUACUUGAACACAUGUCCAAAUCAGGGGAGUCGAACGAUUCGAACAGAGGAAGCAAUUUUUAUAUCACUUCAGUAUUUCCAAGAGCCAAUAACCCGAGCAUUGGCAUAGAGCGGAACUUUAAACUUACCAAAAGUCAACUAACAGCAAAAAAUUCAGAAUUUUGGUAAUUGUAGUCUUAGUUUGUGAGGUCCUCAAUUUAGUCACCAUCCUCCAGAAUCUGAAUCUGCUUGCAGACAGUAGGAAAUAUACAUUACAAAUCAUACCUUAGAGGAAUGAUCCCCUUCUGUCUUAUUUCAAUUUUAGCCAAAGUGGGCUCCAGCCUUGGAAAUCGAGGCCCCUUUUUUAGGGUUUUUUUGGAACGAAUUUUAAAUAACAAUAUGUUCUCUGGUA